AUGAAGAAUAGUGAUCAAUUUUCCGAUGAUUUUCUAAUGUCUCUGCCAUUUUCAAAAGACAGUGUUAUUGAUGCCGAACCAAUUAGCUAUUGUCUUCCUCAUCACUCGUCUACUGUUGAUUUCCCUUUCUGUAUGUUUCACCAAGUUCCUCCUCCAUCAUCCGCAGCGUCAAGUAGUACUACUGUUGAUUUCUCUUCCAUAGAUGGCGGCAAGGACGAUCCUAAUUCACCUUUUUUGACUCUCUUUACAGGAUUUUCUAAAAACUUUGCUGCUUUGAAACCAAUUGUAAACAGUACUCCCCCUCCUCCUCCGUCAUCCACUGAUCUCUGUCUUUCUCUACCAUCCCUACCCAACACCUCUUCGACUGCCCAAUCUUCCAUUGAUAGUCAACAUUGUUGUAGUUUUGCUUCAUCAAGUCGGGAGGUAAAUGCAUUGGGUAACUCUGCUCCUAAAAGAUCCUUGUUACAGGAAUUCAUCCCGCUCAAGAAACCCAAGCUGACAAAAGAAUCAAACGGAGAGGAAGGUCAUUGGAUAAUAAAGAAGCUAACUAGAAGCGAUGUGAAUGGAGCUUCGAGGUUAUUACUAUCUCAACAAGACGUGAAUAAUUACAUAUUACCCUUCAUGAACAAGGAAGAACAGAGCAUAAUUUGUCAACAAUUAUGUGGAGUUGAUGUUACCGUAUUUGAUAUGGAUACACAAACAAAGCAUAUUUUGACCCUCAAGAAAUGGUCAACGAAUAGCUUUCACCUUGUCAAAGCAUGGACAAAGGAUUUUGUCAAAAGGAGAAAUCUCAAAGAAACAGAUGCUAUUUCCAUUCGUUGGGAGAAAAGCAAUUCAAGAUUUUGUUUUCGAGUUGACACGAGGAAUCAACUAGAUCUUUAA